CGGCGGGUGCUGCCGGCCUGCUGGCGCCGCUACGAUGCGCACCUGCAAGGCGACGGGGCCGGCGACGAGGGCGUCUCGCUGGCCUAUUGGCCGGAGCGCUCCGACACCGAGGUGCCGCCGCUGGACCUGGGCUGGACGGACAAUAACUUUUACCGGGGCAUCAGCGGGGUGAGUCUCUUCACCCACCCCAGGAAGGAGGAGAAUGCGCCGCACCUCAAGCAGAUCGUUCGGGAGAUGCUCCAGCAGGCAAAGAAGAUCAUUGCCGUGGUAAUGGAUCUGUUUACAGACCGGGACAUCUUCCAGGAUAUUGUGGAUGCAGCAUACAAGCGCCGGAUCCCAGUUUAUAUAAUCCUGGAUGAGGAGGGUGUGAAGUUCUUCCUGGAGAUGUGCAAGUGUAUGGAUCUCACUAGCCUCCAGAUCCAGAAAAUCCGUGUACGUUUUGUGACGGGAGCUGGGUUCUAUAUGGCAUCAGGGAAGAUCAAAGGCACCUUGGCCUCCCGGUUCCUGAUGGUUGAUGGUGAAAAAGUGGCCACUGGGUCCUACAGCUUCACUUGGAGCUCAUCCCACAUUGACAGAAAUAUCCUCCUGUUGUUGACGGGGCAGAACAUGGAAAUGUUUGACAUCGAGUUUCGUGAACUCUAUGCCAUCUCGGAGGAGGUCAAUCUCUACAAAGAGCUGAACAUUGCUAGCCCUUUUCUUUCAGGAGCUGGGAAUUUGGAGCUUCGCUUCUCCACCGUGUCUCGUAAGAUGAUCAACCCCAAGUAUGGGCUAGUGACAGGGGCUGCCCCUGGUGAAAUGUUAUUCUGGGCUUCGCGUCAGAAGGAGCAGGCACAGGGGAAAUUGGAAGGGAAUGAGGAGGAAAGUGAUGAGUCAAAUAAACGGCUGAAUCAGUUUCUGAAUGACUUAAUCACAGUGGAUCAGGAGCUACCAGAAAUUCUACCACCUCUUGAGAACUUGAACCGAAGUCCCAGUAAAUGGUUCUCUUGGUUCCAUCGGAAAAAUAAAGCCAGGGAGUCUGUUCACAAUACCAAGAAGGACGAUGGGGCUGGCAGCUCUGUUGCUAAUGGGGAAGCCAGCUUCACGAAGGGUAAGAGGCAUGGCAGUGGGUUUUUCAACAGGAAGACUAAACAGCCCCCACUAUUGGACACUGAGGGCAAUACUUUUGCCAGUAAAUGGCUCCAGUCGAAGACGCCAGAUGAAGACGAGAUCAGCUUCAACAUUCGCAAUAGCAGGGGCACCUCAGGUAAAGUGAACCCAAACUGUUCCCCAGGGGAUAAAGCCAAACAGUCAGCCUGUGUGAUGUCUUGAUUUGGAAAUAAUGUCAGGACAAUUGAAUACCUCAAAAGUGCAUUUGAUGGACUUCAUGAUUUUUAACCCUUUUAAAACCUGUAGAAUCAUUCUCUCACAAAUGGUUUCAAACCAUUGUUAUGUCCGGGAUGCAGUUUGUACCUCCAGUGAAUUCACAUGUGCUGCAUAAAGUAUAAAAAGGUUGGUGGUUCUUAUGUGAGAAUUCACAGUGACAGUGUAAAAGUCAAUAUUUAAUUGUGAUAAUUGGAAUGCUGAGCUAAGCCUGCAUUGAAAUGAAUGCAGCAGAGCUUCCCACUUUUUAAUGCUGCUAUUUCAGUCUGUCUAGCUAUGGACGCAAAAGGACAGCAUUGCAUCACUUGGGAGAAGACUGUGAAAUCUGCAGCUCAUGUAGAUUUUCUUAGUCCAUGGAUUUCUAUAGAUUUCUAUUAUGAGCAGGGACAGCUAGAAGAUUCAGAGUUGAAGAAGGUGGAUUUGGCUGGAAGAGACCAGGGGCUUAGUAUAUUAGCCCUUUUCUUCAUGUCAUAAAACUUAACAAUUAAGCAGAAUGAUAUAGUAAUUUCCCAUCUGGAGAAGACAAGGUUUGGAAUGUAAGGGAAUGCUUCAGACUAAGAUCGAAGCACAUUCUUAUGUUGUGUGGGGUACCAGACCUGAGACAGCAAGGAGUGCUGCAAGAUUAUACAAGGCCAUGGGAGAUGAUAUACACCGUAAAAUCAACUGAAACAUAAAUUCCCUGACAUCUUGCUCUUAAUGGAAAGUGAGUAAAUAAAGGAGGCACAUCUUGAAAAGAUGAAAGAUGGGUGAACGUUUCAAACGUCUAACUUGCUUCCCAUUUUUAGUUAAACCUCCCCCUUCCAGAAUAAAAAUCAAGGUCUCAUCCCAUAAAUAUAUGGAGACAUCAGUUCUUGUGCACAACUCGACUGGAUUCAUUUGAUAUUUGGACUAGCAUUUUGUCCUGCUGCGUGGAGUGAAUUUUUGCCAUGAUGAUUACCACAAUAUGCUACCUUCAACAAAGCCUCGAUGAUUUUUUUUGAAGGAAAAUACAUCAUAAUGAUAAAUAACUACCUAAAUACAAACAAUAUGUUUGUACUAAUAUGAUAUUGAACACAGCAAAGAUAAUAUGGUUUAAUUAAAGAAAAUGAACAAUUGAUAACAUCAGUUAGUUGUCUCCUGCUUCCAGCCAGUGCCCUGCUUUGAUGUUGCUUGUUGUAACA